UGGGAAUUGGAUUAUUUAAACUGAAAUUCAUAUUUAUUGAUUACAUUAUUGUUGCAAUUUGUGGCUCUCAAGAUCGUUAAAAUUUAUUGGUCUAAAAUUCCUUCACAAAUAAAUAUGUUAAACGUAUAAAUUCUCUGUGUGAACUACCUAAUUUUAUUUGUUGCCGACAAUAAUUUACCAAUAGCUUCAUUACGAGCUAUUUAAACAUAUCUAAAAAUGCCGUCAAAUACAAUACAUUCAAUAUUGUUAAAAAAGGAGAAUGCUCACGAAGAUCUGAUAUAUGGAUGCGCAUGGGCAAAUAUUAACCAUUCAACAGACUCUAAAGGUCCAUCAAAGGAUUACAUAGUAACAGGAGGCUUAGAUAAUUUAGUAAAAGUUUGGUCAUAUGAGAAUAAUAAACUAGAGCUAUUACACACCCUCGAAGGACAUGAAAUGCCUGUUGUAUCAGUUGCUGUUAGUCCUGAUGGAGAAACAAUCGCAAGCACAUCCCUGGACUCCUCACUUAUCAUAUGGGAUCUCUUAGAUGGACAAAAAAUACGAGAAAUACAAACAGACAGUUCUGAUAUGUGGAAGAUUGUGUUCUCACCUGAUGGUAGCCAAGUAGCCACUGGAGGUCACACUGGAAAGGUGACUGUGUAUGGAAUAAUCAAUGGAACUGUGGAUAAAGUGCUAGAUACGAGGGGAAAGUUUAUUAUGUCUGUUGCCUGGAGCCCCGAUGGUAGGUACAUAGCGAGCGGCGCUGAAGGCGGUUCGGUUUACUUGUUCGACGUGAGCCAAGGGAAGAUGCUGCACACGAUAGAGGCCCACGCGCAGGCCGUCCGGAGCCUCGCGUUCUCACCCAAAACCAAACUCUUGGCAUCGGCAUCCAACGACGGCUACGUCAAUGUUUACAAUAUCGAAAGCGCAGCGCUGCAGAAUAAGCUGGACCACAAAUGCUGGGCGGUCUCCGUGUGCUUCUCCCCCGAUGGACAGAGAAUGGCGACUUCGGCGGCGGACGGCAGCAUCCGCGUCGUCCUACUUGAGGAGUUCCGUGUACUCCACACGUUCGAAGAGCACACACAUAUCGUUUGCGGUGUUCAGUUCAACGCUGACGGUUCCAAACUUGUAUCAGUAUCGAAAGACAAAAGUAUAAAUAUUUACGAAUGCCCUAUCCCACCGAAGUCUGCGAAAAAAGUUAAAAAAUAAGGAAUCCGCUUCAAACCAAAUGUUGAGUUUAUAAGAAAAUAGUGAUUUAUCGAUUUGUUGUUGUGAUGUCAAAUAAAGUUAUGUGAU